AUGGAGAUGGAGGAGCUCCAGGAAGCCGACGUGCUAUGGCCGGACCUCGACGAGCGCCACGGCCAAGACCACUGCCACUGCCACGGCCGCCAGCAGCAGCUCGAGGCGGGCAAUAAGCAGCCCCAGGGCGCCGCCGGCGACCCGCGUCGUCGUCCCGCAGGCUCGUCGGCGCCCGUGGGCAUCCGCGCGGGGACGACGCCCGGCGGCGGCCCGCCCUCGUGGGCCCGGAGCUGCUACGACAGCGAUGAGUCCGCGGCGGCGUUCGUGCCGCCCCACGUGGUGCUGGCGGCGAGGCGGCGGUGCCCGGAGGGGCGGGCGGCCUCGUCCGUGUGCGUGGGGCAGGGGCGCACGCUCAAGGGCCGCGACCUCCAGUCUGUGCGCACGGCCGUGCUCCGCAUGACCGGAUUCCUCGAGACCUGA